GAUAAUUGGAAAGAACAACUAAUACUAGAAAGUUAGGAACAAUAAUAAGAGAGAGAGAAAAUUAAAACAGAGAGAUCGUCGAUCGAUUUAAUUGAUUGAUUCAAAAAGAAGGAAUCGAAUAGAAUGAAUGUAAAGUGAUUGUAUUCAGCAAUGAAAGGCGUCUUCUCGGCGCCCGGAGAUUACAUCCACUUCAAGUCCCAAGUUCCUCUUCACAAGAUCCCUAUUGGCACAAAGCAGUGGCGAUAUUAUGAUUUUGGUCCCAAAGUGGUUCCUCCUAUCAUAUGUCUUCCUGGAACUACAGGGACAGCCGAUGUCUACUACAAACAGAUCAUGUCCUUAUCCAUGAAGGGUUACCGGGUGAUUUCUGUUGAUAUUCCACGUGUUUGGAAUCAUCAAGAGUGGAUUCAAAGUUUUGAAAAGUUCUUGGAUGCCAUCGAUGUUCACCAUAUACAUUUAUAUGGUACAUCCCUUGGAGGCUUCCUAGCUCAACUUUUUGCUCAACAUCGUCCAAGACGGGUUAAAUCCUUAAUUCUAUCAAAUGCAUUUUUGGAAACACGCAGUUUUGCCGCAGCAAUGCCUUGGGCGCCUAUUGUUGGUUGGACCCCGUCUUUUUUGUUGAAACGAUACAUCUUAACAGGAAUUCGUGAUGGCCCUCAUGAACCUUUUAUUGCUGAUUCAGUGGACUUUGUCGUUUCACAGGUUGAAACACUCUCAAGAGAAGACUUGGCAUCCAGGUUGACUUUGACAGUUGAUAGUGCUUCAGUUGGACCCCUUCUACUUUCAGAUUCAUUUAUUACUAUCAUGGAUACAAAUGAUUUCUCUGCAAUUCCUCAACAACUGAAAGAUCAGCUGAGUGAGAGGUAUCCAGGUGCAAGGCGAGCUUAUCUGAAAACAGGAGGUGAUUUUCCAUUUCUUUCCCGCCCAGAUGAAGUCAACCUACAUCUCCAGCUGCACCUGAGACGAGUUGGGGUAGAAGCUCAGCCAGAUUUGGUUCGGAGCAUCCCAAAAGAUGGCACUGGUGGAAGCCCUAGCAAAGAAAAUGAUGAAAAGAAGGAUAGUGAUGACCCACCAAAAGAUAAUGGGGGCAAUCCCGAAAGUACUUCUGAAGAAAGACAGUUGCCUCCAGCUCCUGAAAGUUCAGAAUCUCAUGGCCUUGAUGACCAGCUCCUCAGCAAUGCAAAAGUUUGUUCCCUUGGUCAUGAAGGCGCAAUUUGUUUGAGGCAUUCUGCAUUGUUGAAGAAUCAACACACUGUAGCCUCUAAAAUCCUUCUUCAAUCGACAUGGGAGUUCUUUAUUUUCUCUUUGCUUCCCUUUUACGUGGAGUCAUUGUACAUUACUUCUAGUUAUGGUUGGAAAUUCAGACAACUGGUGUAAAAUAGACCAUAAAUUAGCACUUUCUUCUCAUCAUUGUUGUUGAUACAAGCAAUUGUUGCAGACCAACCUGCGGUUUCCGUUGACAAUGUCUUACCUGUUGCAUUAUUUCAAAGUUCUUGCUUUUAUUGAAUUCAAAUAAUAUGUUGUGCACC